AUGCCUCGGAAAAUUGAGGAAAUCAAAGACUUUCUCCUCACAGCCCAGCGGAAGGAUGCCAAGUCUGUCAAGAUCAAGAAAAACAAGGAUAAUGUGAAGUUCAAGGUUCGCUGUAGCAGGUACCUUUACACCCUGGUCAUCACAGACAAGGAGAAGGCUGAGAAGCUGAAACAGUACCUGUCCCCUGGUUUGGCAGUGAAGGAGCUGAAAUGAACCAGACCUCUCUGUUUUGACCAUUA